UUUUCUCCGUCCUCUGUCGAGCACGUUGUUCUAGCCGCAUCCUGAUAGAAACCAACGGGGCAAGAAUUCCUUAGGAAGGAUGAGUCUUGGCAAAAUGUUGACGACGAAUGCGAAGAUAAUUAAAAGUAACGGGGCCGAGCCCGACCAGUUCGAGGUUAGCGUUUCUCAAGCUCUCCUCGAAUUGGAGAUGAACAGCGAUCUAAAAUCGCAGUUGAGGGAACUCUACAUCACGAAAGCGAAGGAAAUUGAAACGAAUAAUAAGAAGUCUAUUAUUAUAUACGUACCUAUGCCGAAGCUGAAAGCAUUCCAGAAAAUUCAGACACGGCUGGUACGUGAACUAGAGAAAAAGUUCUCUGGGAAGCAUGUGAUGUUCAUCGGCGAACGUAAAAUCUUGCCCAAGCCGACGAGGAAAACACGAACCAAGAACAAGCAGAAACGUCCUAGAAGUCGUACGCUGACUUCAGUUUAUGAUGCGAUAUUGGAGGAUUUAGUAUAUCCUGUAGAAAUUGUUGGUAAGCGUAUCAGAGUCAAACUCGAUGGAUCACAGCUUAUUAAAGUUCAUCUCGAUAAAAACGAACAAACAAAUAUCGAGCAUAAGGUCGACACCUUCGCCUCAGUUUACAAGCAGCUGACUGGACGGGACGUCACGUUCGAAUUCCCUGAAUCAUAUGUAUGAUAAAUGUAAAAAAAAUUAAAAGUAUUUUAAUCUACAUUCUCAUUUACAUCUCUUUUUAUGUUUGCUCUUAUUAUUUAAUAUGUUAGUUUUAUCGGAUUAAUAUAUGUAUGAAAAUACUUGUAAAAAAAGAAAGAAGAGACUCACAAUGAUACGAACAUAGAAGAUAGGAAAAGGCAAGAAAUCACUAAAUUCACAGAAAAAUCAAAUGUAUACUGUUGUGAUAUAGCAUUCUUCAUUUACAUUAAUCAAUUAAUUUCCAGCUUUGUGCAAUUUAAAUAAUAUUCAAAUGAAUCAAAUUUGUUAAAAAAUAAGUAUAAAUAAUUAGAUAAGGUGA